AUGUCCCACUACCAGUCCAAGCAUAUGCUCUUGGUGAAAGAGAAAUGGUCCUCCCACAGCCUCCAGGACUGGAAAGUCGUCGAGUUCACACCGAUCCCAGACGGCAGCAAACCAUAUAGCGUCGCUUGCUAUCUGACUUGGGACUCGUUCGAUGGCCUCAUGUCGGCGUUGGCUGGUGAGGAUGGCAAGAUCGUCAUGGCUGACGUCCAGAAUUUCAGCAACAAGACUCCGCUCUUCUUGAUGGGUGAUAUUGUCUGGAGCUGUUAG